AUGCAUCAAGAAAGAAGAACAAGAAGUACAUUAGAUGCAUAUUUUCAGGAAAAAAAGAGGAGAACACAAGAUGAUAACACAUCAUCUCCAAUUGCUCCUCAAAAUCAAAAUAAGAAUGAAGCUUCUCCUUCUACUCCACAUACAACUGCUCCAAUUAGAGAAAGAGUACAUCAAUUUGAUAUCAACUCUCUCUCAUAUGAUCUUGGACAGAAGAAAAUAAUUGCCGAUUAUCAUCCUGAUGAUCAAGAUACAGUUCGAAGAGCAUAUAUUCAAAGAAAAGUUAUCCAACCACGUGAUCAUGACUUUCAACAAAGAUUUAUUGGAGGUGGAAUGCGUUGUUUUAAUCAUGACUUAUAUGAUAUAGGUGUUCUGGAUGGUGAUGGACAUGAUGCUUUUGUUACAAAAUGUUUUAAAGGUUGGUAUAGACCACGUGCUUUUUCUAAGCAUGUCGGUACUAUUAAUAGUGUUCAUAAGAAGCGUAUUGAGAAAUACAAUGCUUUAAUUAAUCCACAAGCAUCCAUUCAAAAUGUUUUAUCUCCACUAACACUUAUUGCAGUUUCCAAAAAGAAUGUUGAUUGUGAUUGGUUAUUUGUACUUCUCUCUACUAUGUUGAAUGUUGUUGGAGGCUCUUGUAAGCGUCAAGAAAUUUUUAAUGAAUCUCAAACUCAAUUCGUUGCAAAAGCAUUUGAAGGUGGUGAAAUUGAAAGUGGGAAAGGUUUGAAUCAACAACUUGGAUUGGGAAGACAAGGUGAUACUCGUUUGAGAUCUAAUUAUAAGUUAUUGUUGAAUGUAAUUGUCUUGCAUCCGGCGAUAUGUGAGGUACUAGACAUGAUUUUUGAAAAUCCCUCUAAGUCAGAUGACCGUGCAAAAGUUGAUCGUGUUGGUGUUGCACUUGUGUUAUUAAACUUUAUUUUCAUGCUUCAAGAACUUAAUCAUCGGUUUGGCGAAGUAAGUAUGGAGCUUCUUCUUUGUAUGAGAUGUCUAAAUCCUGUCAAUUCCUUCUAUUAUUUUGACAAGUCAAAGUUACUUAGACUUGCUGAAUUUUAUCCUAAUGAGUUUUCAAGUUCUGAAUUGCUUUGUCUUGAGGAUGAACUUGAUAAUUUUAUUCAUGAUAUGCAAAGAGAUGAGAUAUUUGAGGAUUUUGAAGAUAUUGGAGAACUAUCCAAGAAACUUGUUGAGACAAUGAAGCAUGAGACGUAUUGUCGUAUCUACUUGCUUAUAAAGAUGGUGUUGAUUCUUCAUGUGGCAACUGCAACUAUAGAAAGGGCAUUAUCUGCAAUGACUAUUGUGAGGAGUAAGUUCAGAGGCCUUUUAACCAAAUUGGAUGCUAUCAUCCCUGAUUCUUUGCACCCUACUUUAUGUGCUCCGUUUUUUUAUCUGGAUAUCAAGAAUGCUAUGUUCUCCAUUGAUGGAGAGAAAGCUCAUGGUCCAGAUGCUUUUACUAGCCAAGUUUUCAAGGACUCUUGGGAAGUGGUUGGUAUGGAUGCUUGUAAAGUUGUGGAAAGCUUCUUUUCCUCAUGUAAGAUUUUAAAGGAAAUUAAUGCUACCAUUAUUACUUUGGUUCCUAAGUCUUCUCAUCUGGUUAAUGUGACAGAUUUCAGACUUAUAUCUCGUUCUUCUGUACUUUUAAAGUGUAUCUCAAAGUUGAUUUGUGGGAGAAUGAAAAUCGUUCUUCCUGAUCUUAUCUCUCCUAAUCAGGGAGGCUGCAAAUGUUUCUAA